CUUGGCUUAUCAAGCAGAUCAUCUAGUUCUCUGUCACAUCUAUUUCCUUUCCCUUUCUUUUGUAAGAGAUUGGUUCUCAAUGGCCCUUUUGGUUUUUCUUUAGAUUCUCGCCAAUGCUUUACUAUACACAAGCAUGAAUGUGGCAGGUCUGUUCAUUCAUUACCUGACUGACCGGUCCCAAAGACAAGCCUUUCUUGAGACACGCCGCUGCAUUGAAGGCCGCAUGAAACUAGAGACUGAAAACCAGAGACAGGAGCGUUUGGUGCUGUCUAUCCUGCCCCGCUUUGUUGCCUUGGAGAUGAUUGCCGAUAUGUCUUCUAUGGAUGAUGAUCUUGAUCCACAGCAAUUUCACAAAAUAUAUAUCCAUCAGUACAAAGAUGUCAGUAUCCUCUUUGCUGAUAUAAAGGGCUUCACUCUGUUAUCCAUGAACAUGUCUGCUCAGGAAUUAGUGCGCUUACUCAAUGAGCUCUUUGGACGUUUUGACCGACUAGCCGAUGAAUAUGACUGCUUGAGAAUAAAAAUCUUAGGGGACUGCUACUACUGUGUAUCUGGGGUUCCAGAGCCUCAGCGAGCACAUGCUCGCUGCUGUGUGAAGAUGGGACUAGCAAUGAUCAGCACCAUUCGAUCUAUAAGGAAACAACUGAACUUUGACAUGGAUAUGCGAAUUGGAAUCCACUCAGGCUCUGUACUUUGUGGGGUUCUGGGUCUACAAAAAUGGCAGUUUGAUGUGUGGUCUUGGGAUGUAGGCAUUGCCAACAUGCUUGAAGCAGGGGGGAUCCCUGGACGCAUCCACAUUUCACGUGCUACUUUGGACUGUCUGGAUGGAAGCUACCAAACAGAGAACGGGCGUGGAUAUGAACGCAAUGAGUUCUUACGAAAACACAAGAUUGACACUUUCCUUAUCUGCCACAAGGAGGAGGAUCUAGAUGGAAGGGAAGCAGAUCAUUUAAAACCUCAGCAAAGCCACCGCCCCUGGAACAAAGAGAUAUUGGCCUCCUUCUCCCAUGGGUCUUGCACACAACUUCCUACAUCCUCAGUGUGCAGAUCUACAUCCAAGGAGAUCAACAAACGGAUAGAGCAUGCUAUAGAUCUUCGCAGCAGUGAGCGCAUGCGUCAGGAGCAUAUAACUUCAGCGACAUUGGUGUUUAAGGAUACACACAUUGAGGAGAAGUUCUCUCAGGUAAGGGACGAGAUGUUUAAGACCAAUCUAGUAUGUUCCUUCAUCAUGUUUCUUCUUCACAUGGCUGUCCAAGCCCUCAUUCCUGUACCCAGGUUUUAUUACUGGACAGCACUGGAGUUCUGUCUAUUCUUGCUGGGAUAUCUCUUAUUGCUUAUGAUAGUCUUGGCUGAAGAGUUUAAACAAUUUCCCAGUGUCCUUCAGCAGUUCUGCUGCUGGAUCCAUGAAAACAACAGUAUGCGGAACCUUCUCACUGUCACAGCUAUAGCCAUCAACUUUGGCAUGGCUCUGUUUGAUAUGAUAUGGUGUCACUCUACUGAGACAAGAGAAAUAAGCAACAGUGAAACAGAGGAACAUAAGCCCAGCCAGAAGCCUCUUACAGCCUGCACAUAUCCAGAGUUCUUCCUUCUAAGUGGAGUGGUUUCUAUGGUGACCUGUGCUGUGUUCCUGAGGCUGAGCUCUCUCUUAAAAAUGGCUAUUCUGUUGUUGGUGGUGGUGAUCUAUACUUACUUCAUUGAAGUGUCCUUCCACAUGCUGUAUGUACCUAAUCCAGAGCAGGAACAGUCAGGCAGGUCUCAAUACCUCAGAAGAAAAGGAGUCUCAAUUCUGCUGAUGGCGAUGUUUGUCAUAGCUGUUUUCUACAAUGGUCGACGGUGGGAAGCAACAGCACGGCUAGACUUCCUGUGGCGUUUGCAAGCUCAGCAGGAAGUGCAGGAGAUGAGAGAUCUGAGGGAACACAAUGAAUGUCUGCUGCAUAACAUUCUGCCGGCACACGUUGCUCGUCACUUCCUAGAGAGGAACAGGAAUGAUCAGGAGCUGUAUUCUCAGUCCUAUGAUGAGGUGGGUGUAAUGUUUGCCUCCAUCGCUGGCUUUAAUGAAUACUACGAGCAGAAGGAGAUCAAUCACGAAGGAGUUGAGUGUCUCAAACUGCUCAAUGAGAUCAUUGCAGACUUUGAUGAGCUGUUGGAGGAGACAUAUUUUUUGGACAUUGAGAAAAUCAAAACUAUUGGGAGUUGUUAUAUGGCAGCAUCUGGUCUAUCCACUGAUAAAAAGUCGCGUGUUGUAAAUGACUGGCAUCAUCUCAGUGAGUUGGUUCUGUUCGCACUGGCUAUGCAAGAGACCCUGAAAGAGAUCAACAAAAAACAUUCCUCAAACAAUUUCCAGCUCCGCGUUGGAAUUGCCCAUGGUCCUGUUGUUGCUGGAGUCAUCGGUGCCACCAAGCCCCAGUAUGAUAUCUGGGGCAUGACAGUGAAUUUGGCAAGUCGAAUGGACAGUACUGGGGUUAAUGGAAAGAUUCAGGUCCCUGAGGCCACAUGUAAUAUUCUAGCAAACUGGGGCUUUGUGCUAGAGUUGCGUGGUGAGAUAUUCAUAAAGGGCGUCAGUGAGAGAAAGGGACAUGUACGAACCUACUUCAUCAGCACCAAAAGGCAGCAGCUGUCAAGCAAUGGGAUUGCAGACAGAGGGAAGAAUGAACGGAGUGGCCGGACCACUCUCGCCGCUGUGGUCUUUGGCCUUGUACAGGCCAUUCACAGAGAGAAACAGAGAGGUACUAAUGGAGGUUUCACUCUGUCAAACAACAACUUUAGCAACUUCAGAUUAUGA